AUUUCCAGUGUUGGGGGCAGGGGGGGGCCGUUAUAUCUGCAAGCUCCCUGUUUAGGGCUUGCAGUCUAGGAGGGAGAUUUAGCAGACAGUGGGGGGCAGUGGGGAGGGGGCAGGAGGCCGCGCCUGUGGAGGAGGGGCGGCGGGGAGGCUCCGGAGUGAUUUCAAAUUUCCCUCCUCCCCUCCCCCCAGGGCACCCCCCCACCCCCGCGCCCCGGCCCGGCUCUGAGUGGCUGCGGCUGCUGCGCCCCCGGGCGGGGGCGGGGCGAGUGCCGGCCGGGGUUACAAGGGGACUCGGUACCGCCCCCUCCCCACCCACUCCCGCUGCCCGGUCCAUGCAGUGCGGCUUCCCGGUUACAGCCGCCCCGGGCCCCGCGGCCGCAGCCCGCGUGGACGCUCCUAGCGCCCCCCGGCGGACUGCCGGCCCCGGCACAGGCAGGCGGCGAGCGGCCGCCGCACCGGGCCGGCAGCGCGGGGGUUAAACGCCCAAGUAAACGUAGCGGCCGAUCGGCGCCGGAGAUUCGCGAGCCCGGCUCCCUGUGCCGCCGCCCGCCGCCGCCGCCCGCCCAGACCCACGGCUCCACUCCGGAGCCGCGCCCGAGCCAGGCUCCCGGCAGCCAGUGGAAUGCCUGUAUGCAGAAGUUCUGUCAUCUUUACUGCGGAGAAAAAACCCAUAGAACUUCCUUUCUAGGAUUGACACACAAUACCUGGGCAUGGGCCACCACUGCACUGAGCUCAGGAAACAAUGAAGGGAGACACCAGACCUCUCAACGGAGAGGAGGAUGCCAGUGGGAGGGAAGACUCCAUCACCAAUGGGGCCUGCAGUGACCAGUCCUCUGACUCCAAGGAUGCCCUCUCACCCCCAGUCCUGGAGGCCAUCAGCACCCCAGAGAUCAGAGGCCGAAGAUCCAGUUCUCGGCUGUCCAAGAGGGAGGUCUCCAGUCUGCUAAGUUAUACUCAGGAUCUUACUGGUGAUGGAGAUGAUGAGGAAGAUGAAGGCUCUGAUAUGCCAAUGCCAAAACUCUUCCGUGAAACCAGGACUCGUUCUGAAAGCCCAGCUGUCCGACCUCGAAAUAACAACAGCCAGGAGAGGCACAGGCCCUCCGCACGUUCUACCCGAGGCCGGCAGGGCCGCAGUCAAUCAGAAGAGUCCCCAGUGAUGUUCUCCAGUACCAGGUCUCUGCGCCGGCGGGCAAGCACACCAUGGCCUUCUCCUUCCAGCCCCUACCUCACAAUUGACCUCACAAAUGAUGAUGUGGUGUCACCACCAAGCAGCAGCACCCCUUGCCAGACCCAGGACAGCCAGCAGGAGAGCCUGGAGUGCCCACAGGUGGAGGAGGGCAAAGAUGCCGACAGUACUGAAUAUCAGGAUGGGAAGGAGUUUGGAAUUGGAGACCUUGUGUGGGGAAAGAUCAAGGGCUUCUCCUGGUGGCCUGCCAUGGUGGUAUCCUGGAAAUCCACAUCCAAGCGACAGGCCAUGACUGGGAUGCGGUGGGUCCAGUGGUUUGGUGAUGGCAAAUUCUCUGAGGUUUCUGCGGAUAAGCUGGUUGCUUUGGGACUAUUCAGCCAGCACUUUAACAUGGCAACAUACAAUAAACUUGUCUCCUAUAGGAAGGCCAUGUACCAUGCACUGGAGAAAGCCAGAGUACGGGCUGGCAAGACCUUCCCCAGAAGCCCUGGUGACUCCUUAGACAACCAACUGAAGCCUAUGCUGGAGUGGGCUCAAGGUGGCUUCAAGCCUACCGGUGUUGAGGGCCUGAAACCCAACAACAAGCAACCAGUUGUUAAUAAGUCGAAGGUUCGUCGUUCAGGCAAUGGGAAGUUAGAAUCAAGGAAACACGAUAACAAAUCCCGGAGACGCACAGCUGAUGACUCUGCCAACUCUGAUUACUGCCCCCCGCCCAAGCGCCUCAAGACAAAUUGUUACAACAAUGGCAAGGACAGAGAAGACCAGAGUCGAGAGCAAAUGGCUUUGGAUGUUGCCAACAACAAAAGCAAUCUGGAAGAUAGCUGCCUGUCCUGUGGUAGGAAAAAUCCUAUGUCCUUCCAUCCUCUGUUUGAGGGUGGGCUCUGCAAGACUUGCAGGAAUCGCUUCCAUGAGCUGUUCUACAUGUAUGAUGAUGAUGGCUACCAGUCCUACUGCACCGUGUGCUGUGAGGGCCGAGAGCUACUUCUCUGCAGCAACACGAGCUGCUGCCGGUGCUUCUGUGUGGAAUGCCUGGAGGUGCUAGUUGGCACUGGCACAGCUGCAGAGGCCAAGCUACAGGAGCCCUGGAGCUGCUACAUGUGCCUCCCUCAGCGCUGUCAUGGUAUCCUGCGCCGCCGCAAAGAUUGGAACAUGCGUCUGCAGACCUUCUUUACCACUGACCCAGGAAGGGAAUAUGAUGCCCCCAAGUUGUUCCCUGCAAUUCCUGCACCCCGGAGGCGACCCAUUCGAGUUCUGUCCCUGUUUGAUGGGAUUGCAACAGGGUACCUGGUCCUCAAAGAACUGGGCUUCAAAGUGGAGAAGUAUGUGGCCUCUGAAGUGUGUGAAGAGUCCAUUGCUGUUGGGACCGUGAAGCAUGAGGGCAACAUCAAAUAUGUGCAUGAUGUCAGGGAUAUCACCAGGAAAGAUAUUGAAGACUGGGGCCCCUUCGACUUGGUGAUUGGUGGAAGCCCAUGCAAUGAUCUUUCAAAUGUGAACCCUGCCAGGAAGGGCCUGUAUGAGGGCACUGGCAGACUCUUUUUUGAAUUUUACCACCUGCUGCAUUAUGCACGCCCCAAGGAGGGUGAUGACAGGCCAUUCUUCUGGAUGUUUGAGAAUGUGGUAGCUAUGAAGGUCGAUGACAAAAGGGACAUCUGUCGUUUCUUGGAGUGCAAUCCAGUCAUGAUCGAUGCCAUCAAAGUGUCUGCUGCUCACAGAGCCCGGUAUUUCUGGGGCAACCUGCCAGGAAUGAACAGGCCCGUGAUAGCAUCAAAGAAUGAUAAACUCGAGCUGCAGGACUGCUUGGAAUUCAAUAGGACAGCAAAGUUAAAGAAAGUACAGACAAUAACCACCAAGUCGAACUCAAUCAAACAGGGGAAAAACCAACUUUUCCCUGUUGUCAUGAAUGGCAAAGAAGAUGUUUUGUGGUGCACUGAGAUAGAAAGGAUCUUUGGCUUUCCUGUGCACUACACAGACGUGUGCAACAUGGGCCGUGGUGCCCGCCAGAAGCUGCUUGGAAGAUCCUGGAGUGUCCCAGUCAUCAGACACCUCUUCGCCCCCCUGAAGGACUACUUUGCCUGUGAAUAGUUCUUCUGGGAGGCCCUUGGCAUGGGGGAAUGGGACCAAGCCUGGAUCCAGAAGGUGCUGCCUGGGCUCUGCCCUUCCUCAACUCUGCUAUGUGGCUCUUGUCUCAAGCUACCUUUGUGGAGGGAACAGUACCCUUCCAGCAGGGGUAGCAUGACUUGCCACCUCAUUGUGCACAAUUCAGACCCGGCUGCUUGGAGCAGCCAGACAUGGUGCUCAUUUUUAUUUUCUAAGACUUUAAAAACUUGAAGUAGAUAGUAAGAAGA